CCCUCCACCAUCAUGAGGAACAUCUUCAAGAGGAACCAGGAGCCCAUUGUGGCUCCUGCCACUACCACCGCCACAAUGCCAAUUGGCCCUGUAGACAACUCCACCGAGAGUGGGGGUGCUGGAGAGAGCAAGGAGGACGUGUUUGCCAAGCUGAAGGAGAAGUUCUUCAAUGAGAUCAACAAGAUUCCCUUACCACCCUGGGCACUGAUCGCCAUUGCUGUGGUCGCUGGCCUCCUCCUCCUCACCUGCUGCUUCUGCAUCUGCAAGAAGUGCUGCUGCAAGAAGAAGAAGAACAAGAAGGAGAAGGGCAAAGGCAUGAAGAGUGCCAUGAACAUGAAGGAUAUGAAAGGGGGUCAGGACGAUGACGAUGCAGAGGGAGGCCUGACUGAGGGAGAAGGUGAAGGAGAGGAGGAGAAAGAGCCGGAGAACCUGGGCAAACUGCAGUUUUCCCUGGACUAUGAUUUCCAGGCCAACCAGCUCACAGUGGGCGUUCUGCAGGCUGCGGAACUGCCUGCCCUGGACAUGGGAGGCACCUCCGACCCUUAUGUCAAAGUCUUCCUCCUUCCAGACAAGAAGAAGAAGUAUGAGACCAAAGUCCACCGGAAGACACUGAACCCAGCCUUCAACGAAACCUUCACCUUCAAGGUGCCAUACCAGGAGCUGGGGGGCAAAACCCUAGUGAUGGCCAUCUACGACUUUGACCGCUUCUCCAAACACGACAUCAUUGGAGAGGUGAAGGUGCCCAUGAACACGGUGGACCUCGGCCAGCCCAUCGAGGAGUGGAGAGACCUGCAAGGUGGCGAGAAGGAGGAGCCAGAGAAGCUGGGAGACAUCUGCACCUCCCUGCGCUACGUGCCCACGGCCGGGAAGCUCACCGUCUGCAUCCUGGAGGCCAAGAACCUGAAGAAGAUGGACGUCGGGGGCCUUUCAGAUCCCUACGUGAAGAUUCACCUGAUGCAGAACGGCAAGAGGCUCAAGAAGAAGAAGACGACGGUGAAGAAGAAGACCCUGAACCCGUACUUUAACGAGUCCUUCAGCUUUGAGAUCCCGUUUGAGCAGAUUCAGAAAGUCCAGGUAGUGGUCACCGUGCUGGACUAUGACAAGCUGGGCAAGAAUGAAGCCAUUGGCAAGAUCUUUGUGGGCAGCAACGCCACAGGCACGGAGCUGCGGCACUGGUCUGACAUGCUGGCCAACCCCCGGAGGCCCAUUGCUCAGUGGCACUCACUCAAGCCCGAAGAGGAGGUGGAUGCACUUCUGGGCAAUCUGGGCAAGAAUAAGUAGGCAGCAGUGGCUGGGACCCCGCUCCCUUCACAGACACUGACGAGAUCCAGAGCUAUCAAUACCUCAGUUAUGCAACCUUAGAGGUUUUUUUGUUUGUUUGUGAUUGUGUCCUUGUUUUUUCUUCCCUUUUCUCUUUUAAAGACCAACUUCCCUCUGAAGGCUGUGUGGGGAGAGUCGCCUAAUAGGUGAAAGAGAAGCUUGGCUCUUUUCAUCGUCCCAGGAGCUGCCCUUGCUGCAUGCCCUGUCGUGUUUCCCUCUCACUCUUUCGGUUUCAGUUACGCCUCACCCUGAGUGAGGCCCUCUUCUGGCAGAAAGUUGCAGCACUUCCUGUUUUUUAGUGUUCUGGACCAACAAAAUGGCAGCACAUCCUGUUUCCUGACAGGGAAGGCAAUGCAGUGGCCAGUGAUCCUUGUGUGUGUGAGUGUGUGUGUGUGUGUGUGUGUGUGCAUAUGUGUGUGUGUGUGUGUUGCUUUGAGCAUCUCUCUUCAUUCCUGGAAUGAGCCAUGGACAGUGAAAUUACGUGGGAAGAGAAGUCUCUUCGGGAACCCUGAAGUGAAGAAAGUCCACUGUCUUAAGUGGGAGAUCUGUCAGCUUAUGGAGAAUCCUGAGCAUAUGCCAGAAACUCCCAUAUUCUUUAUGGGUGGCUAUUUGGGAGGCAGCAAGAUGUGGAGACUGGAUUUGUCCAGAACUAGGACCAAACGCCUGAUGCCAUCAUAGACUUCCUCCUGUCAGUCAUUGUUUCCCCAGAAACGUGGUUUCUGGGACAUUCAUGGAAAUAAACUACUUGCUAGACUCUUAACAGGGACUGUCAGUCCCAGGAUACCACUAUCAUUGACAAUUAAUAUUAAACGAUGGAGAAACAGAAGUCUCAUUACCCAGAAAGAUAAAAAUGAAACUCCUGGAUCUCAACCCUCUUCCGAUGGGAAAC